CAGCACUACUAGUCCAGAGACAACCAUUUUCCAUAAGCGUGAGCACUGACAUUUUCUCUCCGUUAAGGUAUACGUAUACAUGUUGGUAGCGGUACACGUUUAGUCCUAAAGAGAAGCUUAUCGAAUACAAUCUUUAACAACAUUGUAAUUGAAUAACGACGUCUUAUUUUAAUUUGCAAUAUCAGGAACAUACUGUAUCCUGCUUUUAAAGCUUUAUAUUCAUUGGAUAAUCUAACACGUCGUUCUUUUAACGGGAUGAUCUUGAUGAUGGUUUUAUGUCAGAAAUUGUAAAUAACAAAGUCCCAGCAGAUGAUAACUGUUAAGAACUGAUGAUAACUGAUAAGAAACCAUAAAUACCCAGAUCUUUUAAAAAGGGAAAGGUCAUGGAAAAUAUAAGGAAGGAAUUACCUUACACCUAUAAAGUACCAGAAAAGUUUGAAGAGUUACAAGAAUAUUUGCAAAAUUAUAAUGCUGAUUACCAAUCGAUUAUCGUAGAUCGUAUAAUUAAAUGUAAUCAUUGCCCAACGAAUAAUACAGACGAAGGAAAGUUGUCAAAUUUAUUUUUAUUUUUGUUACAACAUGUAAAUAAUCAUGUUAUAGGAAAUGAUGUUGGAAGCAUAGUUAAUGGUUUCCAAAUUAUUGACAGAUUGUCUCCUUUCUUAUACGAUCUUGCUCGUCUAAAUCCACAAAAUGCCAAAUCUGUUAUACAAAGAAUAAUCAAAGAAAAGCACGACGACUUUGAGGAAGAUAAGAAGAAAUACCCUGGCCUAGAUACACUUAUUUUCUUCAAAUUGGCUUCUUUGAUAUUUCCAACGUCUGAUUUUAGACAUCCUGUAACUACUGCCUGUGCAAUAUUUAUGUCUGAAAUACUAUUUAGAUGUCGUAUUAAAAAUAAAAUAGAUAUUUCAAAGGGUCUUUUUAUAUGUACACUUAUAUUAGAGUAUACGGUAUUAAGUAAACGAUUUGCUCCAUGUGUGAUAAAUUUCUUACACGCAAUAAUUUACGUAUCCAGCCCUAAACAUCUAAUUCAAGAUAUAAAAACGAUACCAAUCUCUAAAGGAAUCAAACACUCAGAAAAUUUAUUAAUACUAGACGAAGAUCGAUCUAAGUUAGAUGUUAAUCCAAGUAGUAGCUAUAUGAAAGCGUCCGAUCUGAUAGACGGACCCUUAGACGAUGAUUUCAAAAUAAGGGUAUUAUUAAUAGCUGUAAAUUUAUUGGGAGAAUUUAAAAAUCAUCUAGAAGAACUGGAAGCUGUGUAUUCGAUAUUCGAACCAAUUUUAAAAUUGCUUAAAUCAAAUUCUUUUGAUAAAUAUCCACCAAAAGUGAAGAAACAUAUUAUGCAAUUACGAAAAGAUUUGGAAAAACUAAAGAAUAAAAAAUUAAAAUAUAUUAUGGUUGAAAAGAAGAAACCAAAACCAUUAAGACUAUAUGGACCGUGAAUUGAACCAAUGUAUGUAAAAAUUGAACUUACAAUUUCAAAACACAUCGUUUUAUAAAUUCAAGAAUGUUAUUAAGUUUCGUAUAUUUUUUACAGAUAUGACGGUAAGAAACAUAAGAUUAUGUCCAAGGAGAAAGCUGAAAGAGAAAAGUUGUUGCACAGUAUAAAAGUAAAUGAGACAAGUAUAAAAAAUAAAUGAGAGGUGAAAUACGAAGAGCUUUCUUAACGAAACUACAAAUAAAACAACAGAUUAAGAGCGAUGAAGAACGUAAACGCAAGGUAAAAGAAAUCUUUGGAGAAGCUUCGGUGCAACAGAGUGAAUUAAAGAAAUUAAAACGGAAGAAAUAAUAGUAAGAGAAUAAACGGCGCAUUCUGGAGUUUGUAUAUAUUAUCUCUCUUAGACGAUAUUGCUAUUUUGAAUGAUUUUGUGUAAGAUUGUAUUAACGAUGACUUCGGAUAUAACGAAUCGUGAUCGCUAUAAUAGCGUUUCUUAAGAUUCUUAUAAUUUCAUUAAUUAUAGUAAAUGUAAAUAAGCAUUUUCAUAAGAAAAUCUUUUAAUGCAUUUCGUUUAUGAAAAUAAUACUGUAAUUGUAUUAUACGGAGAUAAUUCACAACACAAAAUAAAACUCUCUCAUCCAAGGCUUAGUUUUCAAGAAAAGCGAAUUCGAAAAUUUGUCGAGUGUACUUGAAUUUGGCUAAUUACUCCUUGGAAUAAACAGUCAGAAAAAGGUUAUUCUGCAUACGAAAAUAGAUAGAAAGUGUGAUAUAAAAUUUUCCAAUUCAUUUUUCCUCUUAAUUUUCAAGAAAAUAGAAUUUGAACGUGUUUAGUUAAGAAUUGUCCUAGUGUACAUGUAUAAUUUUUCAAACUUAUUUUUCUCGGAAACAAAGUAUCUUGUGAAUAAAUUUUAUUCUACAUUUCUGACUUAUUUUCAUAUGUAAAAUAAUCUGAUUAUUUAUUUCUAUCUAAUCUGGAAUUAGCAAUGUUCAAAUAUACUUGACAAAUUUCCAAACUCGAUUUUCGCAAAAACGAAGUGUUAUACGAAAAAAUGUUAUUUUAUAUUUUCUUACUUUCUCAUAAGGAAUCACCUUACGCCUGCUUGUAUUAUAUGUACAUAUUCUUCGGCAACACACUGUAUAUAUAUAAUAAAUGGUUUCUAGAGAUA